AUGCCGAAUCAGAUAUCUAAGCAGUGGUAUAAGGACGAGUACCUCAUCUCCACUGACCGGUCGCUAGUCGACCUCAACGCCGUGAACGAUGCCUUUGAUUCUGAGCUGCUGUGGUGGACGAAGCGCGUUCCGGAAGUAGCUCUGAAGAGGCUGAUAGACAAUUCGUUGUGUCUGGGGGUGUACAAACUCCCACAGUCUACCGCCGACAUUGCAGGAAAGAAAGGCCCUGAACUGGUGGGCUUCGCCCGCAUCGUGACGGAUUACGCCACCAUUGGGUAUCUGGCGGACAUCUACGUCCUCCCCACGCAUCAAGGCAAGGGACUGGCGCCGUGGCUGAUGCAGUGCUUGAACGAGAUCUUGGACGAGUGGCCCGACUUGCGACGCUUUUUGCUUCUGACGUCCUCGCCGCAAGCGAGUAAGUUGUAUGAGCAGGCCUUGGGGACAACGGAAUGGGGCGUGUCACAUUCAGGGAAGCUGUAUCUGCUGGAGAAGCGCGGCCCUGCAAUGCCCAACGGUCCGUCAGAUGAGGAGGAUGAGGAUUGA